AUGGACGAGCCGGUUAGAAGUCAGCCAAGUGAGAGUGCCGCUGAGGUGGAGGAGGAGGAAGAGGAGCCCCUCAGGGGCUUCCUAGAAGAGAUAAACUGUCCAGAACCAGGCAUCAUAGAUCGUCAAAUGAUCGAAACCGCCUAUCUGGAGGAGGGACAAAAGGGGGAAGCUAGACGAUUACAUCAACUGGAACCGGUGGUUUAUGACCGCAUUACCACCAUGCGAUUGGAAUUCAAGAACAUUUUAAGGAUUGACCACCUCUGGAUGAUGCCCAAUCUGACAAAGCUUUGCUUGAACUGCAACAAAAUCGAGGUGAUUGAGCAUCUCGAAAUGCUCACUGCUCUAAAAGAUUUGAAUCUAAGUUUUAACUACAUCACACGGAUUGAGAACUUAGAAACACUAGUCAAUCUGGAAAAGUUAUCUUUGUUUAGCAAUCGCAUUCGGAAAAUCGAAAAUAUACAUACAUUAAAGAAUUUGGUUAUUCUCAGCAUUGGUAAUAAUCUCAUCGAUACGGUGGAAGGGAUCGAACGAUUGCGUUUUGUGAGCAGCCUGAAAGUUCUCAAUUUAGAGGGUAAUCCCAUUUCGAAAACACCAGACUUUCCGUUGUCAUCCUAUGUGACUGCUAUAUUGCCCCAGUUGAAUUACUACGAAUACGUUUUCAUCAAAGCAGAGGCUAGGGAGGAAGCCCAAAAGCGAUUUUACCGUGAAUUACGUGAAAUCGAGGAUAAACAGGAGCGGGAGAUCCAGGGCUUGGAAACGAAGGCUCGCGAAAUGGCCGAGGCGGAUCGAUUGGCUUCCAGCUUUGUAGAGCAUCUGGAUGGUCAGCAGUUGUUCGAUUCCUUGUGGCGAGGCGAUGAAAACGGGCGUAUCCUUAUGUUAGUGGGGGCACAAGCUCAGGAGCUCUACGAAGAGUACUCGAAGGAUAUGUAUGAGCUUACUCAGCAGAUCUACCGUCUGGGAUUGGAGCGUUUCGGCGAACGAGAUGAGGAGAUUCGCGACUUCAAUGACAACCUUCAUGAAGGUCAGGAGGAAUUACAGGCCCAGGGACAAAGACAAAUCGAGGAAUUCCUACAGUAUAAGGAGCGAACUUUCGACGAGAUGCGCCUGAAAUGGAGACAACUCGAUCAACGAGACGAAGAGUUGGAGGAGGUGCAAACCCAGUUGGAUACCCUUACUGCCCACUUUGAGGAUUCCCUGAACGAGAUGUGGGAGAGUCUUAUGGCUCAGGAGCUUCAUUUGCAUGAGGCUGUUGAGGACUCCACGCUAAACUUCAAUCGCAAGAUCUCCGAGCUGAUGGCCAGCUUUGUUGAGCAGGCUCAGGUGAUCUUCCAGCAGCUGCGUGUUCUGUGUAGCUACUUCGCCGACAACAUGACUGAGAUUGUAACCCAGUUUCUCUCCAACAAGCUUUCUUGCAAUGAGCUAAAUGCCAUUCCCGGAGAGUUAAGAAUGUGUGUGGAUGACCGGGGGGCAGUCCUUAAAUUUGUGGAUGGCAUGAUGACAACCCAUACCUCACGGGUGGAUGAGCGCGAGGAUCGCAUGGCCCAACGCAGCAGGGAGUUCAUAGAUGAAAUGAUCAUGAAGCUUAACAACAAAGAAGUAGACCGCCAUCGUGCCAAGGUCCUAGAGAUCAACUCAUUUAUGGAAAUGAUGACAGAGGCUUUGGCCAAUCUGCCAAACGAAUUGCACCAGGAAGCCCCUUCGAAUUAA